CUUGAAAAAAAACCUGGUUUUGUAGCUGUAGCUAUAACAUAUCUCAUCUCGAACAAAAUUAUGUAUUUCAAAGGUUUUUUUAUUGCAGGAUUCAUAUUUUGUAUCUUUGAAUCGCAUAUGAAAUGUUUAGACAUCAUUCGAGGGCAAAAUUCUAUUAGAAAAGCUUGAAAAUAAUGAAAAUUUGCGUGUUGACUGAUAAAAAGGGCAACUUUGGCGAAUUUUCCGCAAUUCUGCGGUGAGUCAAAUAUUUUCAGCAAAUCUUUCACGAUGGCGGAAUUCGUCUGGGACUGCUUAACACACUACAUAAGAAAGGUAUCCAUGGUGUUGUUGUUUCAUCCGUUCUCAUAUUCAUUGUAUUCUGUAGGAAAUACCUCUGACAGGAACGUACAGUUCGCAAAGAACAAGACAUCAAAAUGGCAGACGAUCCCCACAGUGCUUCUGAAACUGAUCGUGUAUAUGUGGGUUCAGUGCAGUCUCCCACCAACCAACAGCAGUUUUCCUUCCCAUCAGAAAUGCCCCACAUCAUCAGUGUUGGAGGAAACGUGAAUGUUGGGGUGGGGAAUAUACUUGCUCGGUCCCGGAGUGAGAUUGAUCAAGCCAUUAGGUAUAUGGUAAGAACCAAGGCCUAUCUCAAGUUGAUUGAGAACCUACACAGGGGACACUCAUGGACUAUCAUAACAGGGUGUCCAGGAGAAGGCAAAACUAUCCUAGCUUAUUUCAUUAUGAAGUAUUUUCAAGAGAAAGACUACGACGCUAUCGUCAUCAAAACACCAGAACAAUAUUAUAGCUUUAACGAAUUUGGAUCCAAGACAGUGUUGAUGCUGAAUGAUAUUUUUGGAGUUUUAGCCCUUGAUGUGAGUUCUGUGGAAAACUGGCUGUUUGUCCUCGAUGAUAUUGACAAAAGAAUCGAAAGCAGUAGAAGUCCACAGGAGGAUACUCGGUUUCAUGUUGUCAUUACGGGAAGAAACUACGUAUUCAAAGCUGCGAUUCCACAUCUUGGGAAGUUUUCAUAUCAGUUCCAAGAAAAAGACGUGGCAGUAGACAUUUCGGAACAUUUCCCCUUGAGUGAUGUAGAGAAGAUAGCCAUUUUGAGAUGCCAUUUGAUCAGACGAUCCAUUCAACUUAACAACGAAGAGACAAUGGUAGAAAGAAUUUGCCAAAUGCCCACUGUGCAUGGAUUUCCUCACUGCUGUCGUCUGUUUGUGGACAUCAAAGCUGCCCACAGCGACCCAAUCAACUUUUUCUCAAAUCCACUUGUGUUUCUCAACUUCACCACACAGAAACUAAUCCAAGAUGAAAACACCAGGAAAUUGUUUUAUGUUCUUCUGCACAAUGGCGGCUUAGUGUCAAAAACAUCAUUGAAAGAAAGAGAACUUGUGGAGGCUGCAGAUGCAUUAGUUGAUAGCUACCUUGUUGAUCGCAAUAAUACAUUGCAGAUCAGUCAUCCGUCUAUACACUGGAGCAUAGUCUAUGUCAUGGGAUGCAGGGAUACACAGUUUCUCAUCAAGGAGUGUCCUCUCACCUUUGUGAAUAAAUUCGUCACCAUUUGUACCAACCAACCAUCAGAUGAACAGGACUCCCCACAAUUUAUCCCUAAAAUAGAAAUACAGGGUGACCAGGUAGACCUGUUGCUUGACAGAUUUGUUAAAGAAACAGAGGCAAAUAAUAUUUGGAUGGUUCUCUCGCACCAAGUCUUUUCGAGUGACACAUUUGUUGCAGAGUAUAUCUCAUGCUUGUCUCAGAAGCUAGGUUUAUCAAAACUGAUUUCAUGGAUAGAUAACAGAACAAGAAAGGCUUUUAUAUAUCUGUCGACGAGCAGCAAGUCCUCCAAACUGUUAAAGUUCAUUUCAAGCAAACAUGAAUUUACUCCUGAUGACGUGAAGCAUGCUUUUCUUGGGUGUUGUGAGUUUGGGUCGAUUGAAGCAUUCCACUUUCUCGCUAAACGAUAUCCGGAACUGAAGAUGGACGCUGUGGAUGAGAACAGAAAAACAGCCUUGUCUCUUGCAGCAGGGAAUGGACACAAGGCCAUUGUUGAGCUGCUUCUUCAUCAUGUUGACAUCCACACCAAGGAUACUCUCGGUAUGACAGCCUUACACUAUGCCGCGGAAAAAGGUCAGAUAGAUGUGAUUCGUGUCUUGGUUCAAAAAGGCAUCAAACUAAACGAAACAGACGAGACUGGCAGGACAGCCCUUCAUCACGCUGCAUGGGCUGGUCAUGAAGAUGUCGUCUGCUGCUUGGUACAGGAUGGUGCAGACGUUCAUGUGAGGGACGUGGAUAAGGCCACAGCUUUGCACGAUGCUUGUGACAGAGGAUAUGCACAGGUUGCUGCGCAUCUGAUUGAGAAAGGAGCUUGCGUGGACAUCCAAAACGAUUGGGAUGAUACACCCUUGAACAUUGCAGCUUCUCGUGGAAGUGUGAGUGUGGUUAGACGAUUGCUUAACUACAGAUGUGAUGUCAGCCUCAAGAACAGUAAAGGUCGGACAGCAGAAGACAUUGCCAGAAGGUUGGGAUAUGAGGAGGUCCUUGAGGCAAUACUCAGGUACAAAUCAAGGCAGGAUUGCAUUAGUCCCGACGAGAGUGGCAAAGGAUAAAUCCAAGUCCACAGGGCCAUAUGAGAUGAGAACACUAGCAUUUGUUUGGAAUCCAUCAUUAUUGUCAUCUUAGUCAUUUGAAGUGAAAUAUUGUCAUGGUAAUGUACAUGGCAGUCUGCAUAUUUUCAGAUUUUCAUUAAAAUCAGGGGGCGGUGGGGUAGCCUAGUGGUUAAAGCGUUCGCUCAUCACGCUGAAGACCCGGGUUCGAUUCCCGACAUGGGUACAAUGUGUGAAGCCCAUUUCUGGUGUCCCUCGCCGUGAUAUUGCUGGAAUAUUGCUAAAAGCGGCGUAAAACCAUACUUACUCACUCAUUAAAAUCAGAUGUUAGUGCUUGCUACCACUACACUUCACCAAGUGAGAACUAAGAUAUGACUUUUUUGAGACUAAGGCAUUAGUUACAUCUUCAUUGCAAUUAGUGAAUGGGUUUUUGUAUGGCCUAUAUAUAUCAGGAAUUAAAACUGCAUUAUACAUAAUUUAAUGACCCAUGAAGAUCUGGGUUGAAUAGGUCUUCAGCAACCCAUGCUUGCCGUAAAAGGCGACUAUGCUU